GACGGUGGGACGGAGGGACGGCAGCAUGUACAGCAGCAGCAAUAGCAGCAGCAACAGCAGCAUUCCCAGCAAGAUCAGUAGUCCUAGCAACUGCAGCGUGCCUAGCAAAACUAACAGUCCUAGCAACACUGGUCUUCCUAGUUAUAGUGGUGUCCCUAGCAGGACUAAUAGCCACAUCAACAGUGGCCUUCCUAGCAAGACAGGCAGUCCUAGCUACAGUGGCCUUCCUAGCAAGACAGGCAGUCCUAGCUACAGUGGCCUUUCUAGCAAGACAGGUAGUCCUAGCUACAGUGGCCUUCCUAGCAAGACAGGCAGUCCUAGCUACAGUGGCCUUCCUAGCAAGACAGGUAGUCCUAGCUACAGUGGCCUUCCUAGCAAGACAGGUAGUCCUAGCUACAGUGGCCUCCCCAGCAGGUACGCCCACUACCCCUCCAAGAACGACUCCAACAACAACAUGAACAGUCCCGGUGCCUCCGUUAAGCCCCCUGCCAGUGUAGUCAACAGCAGCCCCUACGACCAUCAGCUGCUGGAGCGACUUGUACCACGACACAUCACCACCGAACACGUCGUAUUCAGCCACAAGACGAAGGUUGGAGGUCGAUCCCUGUACUUCUUCAGCCCAGCGUCCAGAGGCGGCCUGACCAAGCCUGUCUUUACAACCAGAGAGAAGUUGACGCCUUUACUUGACGGUUCUGCGGAUGACGAAGACGAGGCGGACGACGUGUACCACGGGGGGUCACCAGGUCGUCGUAGCAGCAGCGCCAUGGGGAUGGGGUCAGCAGGUCGUCGUGGUGCUCGCCGUCGGGAGGAGCUGAGUCCUGGGGUAGUGUGCACCAUCAAGCGGGUGCACCUGGGGGACCCUGCCUGUGACCUGGGGGUGAGCGUGUGGCGGGGACGAGGCCCUAAGAGGGGCCUCCAGGGGCCCCAGAGACCCCCAGUAGGGACAGGCCCCGCGCUGCUGGUGGAGACGCCGGACAGUGGACGAGUUGGGGACGGCAUGGCGAUAGCGGCGGGAUACACGGGCGAGGUGAUGUAUCUUCUGCCUUACACUAUCCUGGGCCGCACUGAUCUAGAGCCACGAGCCACGGAGAUACUUGUACAGGACGCCAUGUUGUCGUGUGUGAGUGAGUCAGUGGUGUGGUUCGUGGUGAAGAGCUUUACUAGGAGGAAGGUCAUCACCAACACCCGCCAACUCUCCCACCAGAAACUGAACAUCGGCAAGCUCAACCUACGAUCGUCUGACAUGAAGAAGUCGUCUUGAUGAUCACCUGUAGUUAUUAUCUAGUUUAUCUGUGUGUGUGUGUGUGUGUUUGUGUGUGUGUGUGUGUGUGUGUGUGUGUGUGUAUGUAUGUAUGUAUGUAUGUAUGUAUGUAUGUAUGUAUGUGUGUGUGUUGUUUUGGUCGUAACCCAUUUGGAGACUCGACCAAUGGUGUAAGGUUAUAGUGCCCAAGUUUAUCUCUGUAAUAAAGAUAUUUGCAAAGUUUACUGUAUGAUAAAUGUUCUUAAUGUCACUGUUUGUAUGGCAGUAUAAUUAAAACACACAACUGUUCUUGUGGCGCAAGCCUUGACGUCAGAGGUGGUGUGGGAUGACUACUUAAGUGAGUCCGUGUUAAGACGCGGGUUGUUUCUUAAUGCAUAGGAUUUGUUUCACGUAAUAGAUAGAUAGAUACUUUGUAAAGUCGCCAUGCAAGUUUACAUUUGUUCAGCACAUACAGUUGCCUCAAAGAAUUCCUUUACCCCCUGUGGUGAUGUUGGCGUACAUGUGGCAGUGUUGCAUUACUAGAGCAAACUUAUGAAUGAAUCCCUAAUAGUCUUGAAACAAUGAAGCUGAUUGGUGGAAUAGAUUCCUAGACGUGAUUUACCUUGUCAAUAAUGAUAAAUAGAUAUAUACAAAUUUUGGAUAACUGUGCAACAUGUUUAUAGACCACAAUUCAGGUUCUUAUAAAACAAAACAAAAAUUAUAUAUAUUCUCAAGAUAAUGCCUGAGAGAGAGAGAGAUUUUGUUUCCCUUUGGCCGGUGGAGGGAGGCAAUGGUGCUGAUGGUGAGCUUGUCGCGAGGCCAUGGAGGUGGUGUUGAGGUUAGAGUGAACAUUGGUUGUGACUAGGUUAUACACUGAACUUGGUUGAGCGAAAGUUUCAAGUGUAAAGGCAGAUUAAGAUUCAUUCAUAUUUAUUUUCUGGACAAUAAGGAAAAUACCAACUUUGAGUGUAGUACAGUAGUUUGUGACGAGUAACCUUGUCUGGUGUUUGGUAGUAUUUAAUGAUGUAUUUUUUAUUCCAAUCAGUCGGUGUUUAAGUAAUUAUUUUUAUCAAGUCUCUGAAGGAAAAUAUAAAACUGGUGAUCAUUCCACAAAAUAUUGCAAGAAAUAAUGGCAACUUCCCCCUUAACCCUGACUCAUGCGCUAUGGUGCUGUCUGGUGAUGCUGUACCGGAUUAAAUAUUUGAUGAAGGUCAUAACACCUGAGUUAAUUAUAAUUCAGGAGGGAAAUGUAUUCAAAAUGCAUAUGGGUGAAUAAUAUAUCUAUGUUGGGUGUUAUUUUUUAUUUAUUUUUUCUUAGUAAUGGCAGCUCGUGACACAUCAAGUUGUUUGUGCCUUUUAUAUCGUCAAAUGUUCAGUAGAUGAAGUACAGUACCCGGUAUAUUGUAUUGUGCUCUCGUGGGCCACAGCAGUGAUGUAUGACGGUAUGGUAUAAUACAGUACAGUACCUGUAGUUAUAUUAAGGACCAGCUGGCCCGGCUUAACAUGUCAUUAAAACUCGGAAUGAGAAAGGGUCUUAUCCUUUCUCCAGUUGCAGGCUUGGCACAUUCUUACCGUGCACCUCUUUGGUAGUCUGCAACUGUUCUGAAACUCCAAAACAACCUGAAAAGAUUUGUAUUAUUUUUAAAUAGUUUGUUGCAUAACCCACACGAAGAAAGCUUAGUGUUUUGAGUGUGUCUGCUUGGUUUUUGGUGUUAGGGUCCAUGAAUAGUUAGGAACUGAUAUCUUUUGGGGAAAUUUUAGAAAUGUUAACUUUAUGGUUGCUACGUUAUUACUGAAGUUAGCAACCAAUUGGAUGGUACCAGGACAUUUCAUCACCGGACAAUUCAUCACCGGUUCCGUAAAAACCUAACCUAACCUAACCAUGACUUUAUCACCUCCAAAAUAAAGACAUUAUUAUCCAAAUUUAAUGUAUACGUAACACGGUGUGUAUUCAAUAGACUGGUCACGAAUUGUCUGGUGACGAGAUGUCCGCCUACCCCUACUGGAUACAAGGCCUGGACUCCUUCCUUGUACAUUAGCCUUUGAACACUCAGCAAUAAUAUUAGUACAGUACACUAAAAAUGUGCUCGUAGGUAGUGGAACAACCCUUAGGUGGACUAGCAGCCUGUCAAGGGAUUAGGUUAACCCACUAGUUGCUGAAUGCAGAGAACCAUGUCUUCAGUCUAAGUUGAUAAUCAUUGUAUGUGUACAUUAGUUAAAUAAAGUAGUAGGGAAAGCCAAGUAACUUAGCACAUUUCCACAUAAAGGUACAGGUAGUACAGUUAUUAGUUAUCUGACCAUAGUUAUCAAGAGUUUGUUAAGAGCUUAAGAAGUGUGGAGGGAAGAGGAGAAACAAAAAUAAAUAAACACAGUAAUUUGUUUCAGAUUAUUUAUGUUAUACAGCCGCUGGGUUAGAUUAGAAAACAGUACUGACGGGGAGGUUUGGCUCGGUAGGUUGGCUGUGUAUUGAUUAAAACUUAUCUAACUUGA